AUGGCAUCUUCUUCUAGUAAUAAUUUUGAAAAUUUGGACAAAGUGCUUGAUGAUCGAUUUGAGCAAGUGUAUGAUCAAGCGUUCGAUCAUAUUAGUGCUGCUCAUGCUGAUCGCCAACAAGCAAGAAAGCCAAGGAAAAAAAGAGUCCAUAUUGAAAGAAAUCGUGAAGAUGGACAUAUCCGCUUGUGGAACGAUUAUUUUAGUGAAGAUGCAACAUACCCUCCUCAUCUUUUUCGUCGUCGCUUUAGAAUGAACAAGGCGUUGUUCAUGCGUAUUACUGAUCGACUCUCUAAUGAAAUUCUAUUCUUUCAACAAAGAAGAGAUGCUACCGGAAGGUUCGGUCUCUCUGCAAUACAGAAGUGUACAGCAGCAAUUCGUAUGAUGGCAUAUGGUCGUGCAGCUGAUGCGUUUGAUGAAUACCUCCGGAUUUCUGAAACCACUACGAUGCAAUGCUUGGUCAAUUUUGUUGAAGGAGUUAUAAAUUUAUUUGGAGAUGAGUAUCUAAGGAGACCCACACCAGAGGACCUUCAACGUACGUUAAACGAUAUCAAUGUUCUUGAUCGCUCUCCGGUUUUUGAUGAUAUAUUACAAGGUCAUGCUCCAAAAGUUAAUUACUUUGUCAACGGCCGCGAGUAUCAUUUGGCUUACUAUCUCACCGAUGAUCCAAAGGCAUCCUUGUUUGCUACAUAUCAAGAAGCUGUCCGUAAAGAUGUCGAGCGUGCUUUUGGAGUCUUGCAAUCUCGCUUCGCUAUAGUCAAAAAUCCGGAUCUUGUCCAUGAUAAGGAAACAAUUGGAAAGAUAAUGAGAGCGUGUAUCAUACUUCACAACAUGAUAGUAAAAGACGAACGAGAUGGGUAUAGACAGUUGGAUCCAACAGAAUUCGCACAAGUAGAAACACACAGAACUUCACAUGUGGACUCUACAUUUUCAACUGAUAGACCUUCAAAUGUCAACAAUUUGAUGACCAUUCUCAGCAAGCCGAAGGAAGUUCGUAGUCAGGAAAAACAUCAACAAUUGAAGGAUGAUUUGGUUGAGAAUAUCUGGCAAAAAUUUGCCACAAAUCAAUAUUACAACUAA